GCAGCAACCGACCGGGUUUGUUGACGACCCACCCUGCCCACGAGCACGAGUGUAAAGCGACAGAAAGACCCAACAAGGCAACCCGACAACGCGACGAACUCAACGGAGAGAAAAACCAAGAUGGGGAACAACCGCCGGACAACUACGCACCAUCUAUACCGCGUGCUCUUCACAAUACUCGUCGCCUGGUCGACAACGAUUGCCCUUUGCGGGACCCACGCCCGUGCCGAUAGCCUCGAGGACGAAUACGUCCGGCAGGUCAUCGAGGAGGACCAGCAGCACUACAACGACUACCACACCGGCGGCGACGACGACGACGAGCACGCGGCCCGACAGCAGCAGCAGCAGCAGCAGCGACAACACCAACACGACGAGGAGGACGCCUUUCGAUCCCAGCGGCAGCGCAUGCAAGAGGAACGGGAAGCCGCGGAGCGGGAAGCCGCCGACCGAAUGGCCGCCGAGCGGGAGCGACAAUUCGAGGCCGAGGUCCAACGCAUGAACGAGGAACAGAGAAAACUGGCACGAAAACAGAAAAAGAUCGACGGGAGGGUGGUGAAAUCCGUCCUCCGGGCCUCGGGCAACAAGAACCUCUACGCGGUGCUGGGGAUCCGGCAUCGCUUUCCGGGCCUCAAGAUCCCGGCCCGGGAGGUCGACCUCUUUGGGGCGCUCCGGUUCACCAUUCCCGGAAUCUCGCUCUUCUCGGGGGAGCUCUCGGAGAAACAAAUCCGCAAGCAGUUCCGGAAGCGGGCGAUGGAGGUCCACCCCGACAAGAACCGGGACGGCCGGGCCCAGGAGGCCUUUGUGGCGGUGGAGGAAGCGGCCGCGGUCCUCUCCGACCCACGCCAGCGAGAAGCGUACGACGCAGAGCGCGCCCGGCAGCAGAAGGAGCAGCUGGAACGCUACAAGGGGGCGGUCAAAACGGCGAUGGCCUAUGCCUGGGCCCUCACGCGGAGGACCGUCCAGGUGAUACAAACCCUGCUGGGGCCCUUCUUCGUGCCCGUAGCGAUCAUACUGGCACUCAUUAUAUAACACGUUACGCGACGCAAUUUUGUUCAUACCAUUAUAAGAACUCCGCAAGAUGAUAUACUCACUAUCACGGAACUUUAUAUUCAGUA